UUAUUACUCAUAUCAGUUCUACUAAAAGCACAUGCCAUCCUCUUUCUGACCUGUUUAUCUUAUCUUUCUUCUUUCUGUCUUCGGUUUCUUUCUCUUGUUUAUUGCUCUAUUUCCACAAACUUUCCUCGGCUUGUUUUUUUUUCUUUCUUUCUAUAUAUAGUCAUGACUUGAUUCUUUUGAGCCAAUUGGAAAAACUGGUUUGGAACUUCAGUUGAAGGUAUUUCAGCAAAAACUAGCUUCCGCUUCUUUCUCUUCUUCUUCUUCUUCUUCUUACCUGGUCAAUUUGAGGCAACUUCCAGGUUUUUGGUGGAUAUAUUCGAUCUGGGUCUUUACUAGAAGAUUGAGAGAAACUGAUUCUGGUAAUUGAAAGAGCUAUGGAUACUUCUUCAUGGGUGGAUACUUCAUUGGAUCUUAAUGCUUCAGCUAGGUCCCUUAAACUUGAAACUCCGAAGAAGGAGCCGAAUAGCAACUUAAUUGUGUUUGGAAGAAAACUUUCAGUGAAAGAAGAUACUGGUGCUUUAGUGCAAGAAUUGAACCGUUUAAAUGCAGAAAACAAGAAGCUAACAGAAAUGUUAACAGCAAUGUGUGAGAACUACAAUGCUUUACAAAGCCAGUUGAGGGAUUUAAUGAGCAAGAACCCUGAAAAAGAGCUUAGCCCUUCAAAGAAAAGAAAGUCUGAAAGCAGCAACAAUAAUGUCAACAACUUUGGCAUCAUUGGAAAUUCAGAAAGCAGCUCAACUGAUGAAGAAUCAUGCAAGAAACCCAGAGAAGAAAUUAUCAAGGCCAAAAUUUCAAGAGCUUAUGUCAGGACUGAAGCAUCUGAUACUAGCCUUGUUGUAAAGGAUGGAUAUCAGUGGAGGAAAUAUGGGCAAAAGGUCACCAGGGAUAAUCCUUCCCCAAGAGCUUACUUCAAGUGCUCUUUCGCACCUAGCUGCCCUGUUAAAAAGAAGGUGCAAAGGAGCGUUGAUGAUCAGUGCGUUCUGGUUGCAACUUAUGAAGGUGAACAUAAUCAUCUUCCCCCUUCUCACAUGGAAGCAACGUCAGGUUCAAGCCGUUGUGUAACCCUCAGUUCAGUCCCUUGUUCAGCCUCACUUAAGUCAUCUGGACCGACCAUUACUCUGGACCUCACAAAAUCUAAGUCCAGUACUGAUGAAGGUCCAAACUCCAAGCCAAAAUUGGAUUCACCAGAAGCCAGACAAUAUUUGGUUGAACAGAUGGCAUCUUCCUUGACAAAAGACCCCAAUUUCACAGCAGCACUUGCAGCAGCCAUUUCAGGAAGAAUGUUUUCAACAAAAUCCAAUUGAAAGUCUUAUUAGAUUUUUCUUCUUUCCUUUUCCUUUCCCUUUUAGUUCUAUGAUUUUAUGAGAUAUGGGUAGAUGUUAUGAACUUACAAUGUUGUAACUUGUAAAUACAACGUUGCACAAGAAUUGGGGGAACAAAAUGAAAAACAGAAAUGAGAAUCUGUUCAAACAUCAGCUUCUUGUAAAUAUUGUUUUAAUUUCAGUAUCAACAUCAAGAAGUGUUUUCAAUUUAUGUUCAAAAAGAAAAUUUUGAGUAUCA